AUGAAGGCGUACCGAUUUGUUGCAACGUUCUCACUAACUUUGCAAGUCAGCAAUGCGAUUCUGUUCAACGAUCCCUUGAGAGUUUUGGAGAUUGGACAGGAUGAAAGAAUCCAAGUGAAGGAAUCCGAAAAGUUAUCGCUGAAAAGAAGAGGUGUUGGAUUUAUCGAUGUUACGGAUCACAUAAAUCUACCAUGGGGUAAGAAGAUCAAGAAUGCAGCGCCGGUUCCAGACUAUGACUAUCCGCAGACGGCCUCACAAGCGGGCAUUGUUAACAAGCUAAUUACAGAAAUUGAUCAAGUUGCCAUGCGUGAUGAUUUGGCCAAAUUCUGCAGCUUCUUUACCAGAUAUUACAAAUCGGCAAGUGGAUAUGAAUCAGCUCAAUGGUUAUCAUCGAAGCUACACAAUCUCACUAGCGAAUUGAGAAGCGAUGUAUUCGAGAUUGAACAUUUCGACCAUGUGAAGUGGAAGCAGUUCUCCAUUAUUUUCAGAGUGCAUGGUAUUGAGACAGCCGAUAAUGUCGUAGUUAUUGGUUCGCAUCAGGACUCUUUGAACAUGAUAUUUCCUUCUCUAAUACCGGCGCCAGGUGCAGACGACGAUGGGUCCGGCACAAUCACUAGCAUGGAGGCCCUGAGAUUGUACGUGAAACACCUACGGAAUGGCCAUUUACCGAAGAAUACUGUUGAGUUCCACUUCUAUUCCGCAGAGGAAGGCGGUCUUCUAGGAUCGAUGGAUGUGCUUGGAUCCUACCGGGAACAGGGAAGAAAGGUGGUCGCAAUGGUACAGCAAGAUAUGACAGGAUAUGUCGCCAAUAAGAACGACGAGCAUAUUGGUCUUGUCCUCGACGAUGCCAAUGAGCGGCUAGUGGAUUUCCUCAAAGUAGUCAUCGAUGCCUAUGUCAGGAUCCCAUAUAGAGAAACAAGAUGUGGAUAUGCCUGUAGUGAUCAUGCGAGUGCUACGAAAAAUGGUUUUCCGUCGGCGUUCAUCUUGGAAUCAGAGAAUGCUAAGACAAAUCGGUAUAUUCACACUACCAUGGACACUUUAGAUCGACUAGAUUUCGGUCAUAUUAGCGAACAUGUCAAGAUCUCCCUCGCAACCGUUAUAGAAUUAUCAAACUGGAAUUUCGGAAAAUAA